AAAAAGAAAAAAAAAACGGAAACUUUCCCGUCUCCUCUCUUUCUCUCUCUCCCUUCUCCUCGAAAUCAUUGCAGUUUAUCGUCGUCGUCGGGAUUCAAAACCUAACGACGGCGACGGUUAACAACAUCGGAGGAGUUGGUGGUGGCGGCGGCGGUGGCUCUAUUUACUUCCAAAGAGCGUUUUUAAAAUUUCUCAAUUCGAGACUUUCUUCAUCGUGAUUCCCCCAUGGAUUUGUCGCUUCUCUAGGUUACAAAUUAGGGUUUGAUCGAUUUGGUUUGUAGCAAUGUCGUUGAAGAAGAUAGUUCGUGAGCUUAGGGGUCGUAACAAAGCCAUUGGUACUAGACGAGGAAGGUCUCACAUUGCUCCAGAAGGAUCUUCUUCUUCUUCUUCUCCGUCCACUGAUGAUUGUUUAGAUCAGAGCAUUUGGGUUGAUUUGCCACCCGAGUUACUUCUCGACAUCAUCAACCGAAUCGAGUCUGGUCAGACUUCGUGGCCCGGGAGGAGAGACGUCGUUGCUUGCGCCUCGGUUUGUAAGGCCUGGAGGGAGAUGACCAAAGAAGUUGUUAAAGUUCCUGAGCUCUCUGGUCUGCUCACUUUUCCAGUUUCAGUAAAACAGCCUGGUCCUAGAGAUGAGCCGAUUCAGUGCUUUAUCAAACGGGAGAGAGCCACUGGAAUAUUCCGUCUCUAUCUUGGUUUAAGCCCUGCUCUUACUGGGGAUAAGAGUAAGCUCUUGCUAUCGGCUAAGAGGGUAAGGAGGGCGACUGGUGUUGAGUUUAUUGUAUCUUUGUCUGGACAUGACUUGUCAAGAAGUAGUAGUAAUUACAUAGGAAAACUAAGAUCGAAUUUUCUUGGUACUAAGUUCACGGUUUACGAAAACCAACCUCCUCCGGUUGAUUCAAGAAGAUCAUCCAAAUCCAACAAGAGAUUAUCACAAACGAUGCGUGUGUCUCCAUGGGUAACUUCAUCUACUCAUAGUUACAGCAUUGCUUCGAUCUUGUAUGAGCUGAAUGUCCUCAGAACCAGAGGUCCAAGAAGAAUCCAAUGUAUCAUGAACAGUGUCCCAGUGUCUUCUAUUCAAGAAGGGGGACAGGUUCAUACUCCCACAGAGUUGUCAAACCUAGGAAGUAAGAAGAAGAGAGGGCUGAUGGAUUUCUGCUCAGGGAACUUGGGAGGAGACUCCGUUGUACAGGAACCAUUAGUCCUGAAAAACAAGUUACCCAGAUGGCACGAGCAGCUUCAGUGUUGGUGUCUUAACUUCAAAGGACGAGUCACGGUUGCGUCAGUGAAAAACUUCCAGCUAAUGGCAGCUGCUGCAGAAGCAGGGAAGGACAUGAACGUACCAGAAGAGGAGCAAGAGAGAGUGAUAUUGCAGUUUGGGAAGAUAGGGAAAGAUACAUUCACCAUGGAUUAUCGUUACCCUAUCUCUGCAUUCCAAGCUUUUGCCAUUUGUUUAAGCAGCUUCGACACAAAGCCUGUUCGAUGAAUGAACAAAAGGUACAUAUCAAUGUUAUGUUAUCUAUUUGCAGUUGUUGUGUGUUAAAUGAAUGUACAUACUUUCCUUCUCGGAGCAAACAAUCAGAUAUUUUCCCAUUCAACUUCA